AUGCUAGAAAACGACACAAUUGACAUACUAGGGUGCAGCCCCUUUCUGUAUAAGUUGUACACUCAAUUGUGCAUCGUCUUUGCUGUAUCCGAGCCAACAUCCACUAUCACCGACACCCUCCGAGAUGGACUUGAUAGGCUCGCAGAGGGGUUUCCAUGGCUUGCUGGAAAUGUCAUCAACGAGGGCGCCGGCGAAGGAGUGACUGGCACCUACCGGAUUGUGCCAUCAGGAGAAAAGAUCCCGUUGGUUGUCAAAGACCUUCGUGAUGAUCCAUCUGCCCCGACGUUGGAGAGUCUUCGACAAUCAAACUACCCCUGCACCAUGCUUGAUGAGAAGAUCAUCGCUCCAUGUUUGACUCUCAAUCUCCCUGGCAAUACGAUUGGGCUGGCUGCAAGUUCUGCGCCCGUCCUUGCCGUGCAGGCGACCUUCAUUACUGGCGGCCUCAUGCUCACGGUGGUGGGCCAACACAAUGUCAUGGAUAUGACGGGGCAAGGACACAUCAUCGACCUGCUGUCCAAGGCUUGUCACAAUCAGCCUUUCACAGCAGAGGAGAUUCGCAUUGGCAACUUGGAUCGGAGCAAAUCUAUCACCCUUCUGGACGACUCCUUCGACCCUGCCGUGGAACUCAAGCAUCAGAUGGUGAGGCCUCCACCACCUGGCAAGACAAAUAGCGACACCACAACUCCACCCCCAUCUACCUGGGCCUACGUGGCCUUUUCAGCAGCCUCGCUAGAGGCUCUCAAAUCACAAGCUACCCAGACCAAAGACCCUUCCAGAGCUUUUGUCUCAACCGAUGAUACAGUUUGCGCUUUUGUCUGGAAAUGCACAGCGCGGGCACGUCUGCACCGUCUCGAUCCUGGGACCGGGUCUGCCUUCGCACGAGCAGUCGAUGUCCGUGAACGUAUGGGCAUUCCCAGCACAUAUCUGGGCAUGUUCCAGAACAUGGCAUACAAUAAAGACACUCUGCAACAUCUCGUGGAGCAACCAUUGGGGGCAAUUGCCUCUGAGCUUCGCCGGAAGCUGGAUCCCAAGGUCGUAGACUUGGCCUAUAAAACCCGCGCUCUCGCUACAUUCCAAACUCGUUCGGAAGACAAGACGAAGACUUCUACUACGGCUUGUGUCGAUACUUCGUCUGGAAUUAUGCUGAGCUCUUGGGCUAAAAUCAAUACUUUUGAGUUGGACUUUAAUUUGGGGCUUGGCAAGCCGGAAGCUGUUCGCCGGCCGGCAUUUGUCCCAUUCGAGUCUUUGAUCUAUAUUAUGCCCAAAGCUCCGAAUGGGGAGAUAGCGGUUGAAAUCUGUCUAAGGGAUGAAGAUUGGGAGCGGUUGAAGACUGACGAGGAGUGGGUGAGAUAUGCGUCUUAUGUAGGCUAA